CUCCAGACCAGUGAGCACCUGGAAGCCCCGAAUGUCCCUUCUAUCCCAUCACCCUCACAAGUGGGUGCUUGCAGCCCCAGCCUUCAGACCCUUUCCCUCAGCUGGAAAACGGCAACAUGCUGAUUGCCUCUGCUGUAUUUUUCACAUGACUGACCACAAAACUAUUAAUAUAACCAGAGCUGGUUCAGCUGGACAACUCAUUCCCUCCAAGGAGAGGAAAACCACAGCUUCUUCCAUCCCUGGAAAAAUCUUUUGUGAUGGCAAGAUCAGCAGUGCAGACAUAGCAGAGACAGUUCUGGUUUGCUGAUACACCCCAGUGGAGAACCUCAACCAGCAUGAGAGAGUACGUUUUGUUUCUUCUGAUCGUCCUUUCCAUCUUCAAGAAGGGUGUGCAGUGCAAUAGCUGGUCCAUUCAUGUCCCAUCUGACGUCACUGGUGAACUCGGAAAGAUGGUUAUUCUGCCCUGCACCUUCACACACCCUUACAAAACCUUUGACCGGACCCUCACUGCCAUUUGGAGGAUCAAGGAGCCGUACAAUGGCACCGUGGUGUUCAAGUGCACCAGCCAGAGUGCCAGUGAGCUCUGCAAGACUGCCGUCAGCUACAAAAACAAAUACAAACUCUUUGGCAACCCCCGGCACAAGGACCUUUCCAUCAGGAUUGACAACCUGACCUGGAGUGACAGCGAGAGGUACUUCUGCCGCGUGGAGUUCUCUGGGGAUGUCCAUGACAAGUAUGAAAGCAGGAACGGGAUAAAGCUGCAUUUGAUUGCUUCCCCCAGGAUCAUUAACAUCACGGUCAGCUCCAACGGGGACCACACCUUCAAAGCCCGCUGCACCGCCGAGGGGGAGCCAGCGCCCGCCCUGACGUGGACCAGCCCCCACUCCAGCAACCUCACCUCGGUCACAAACAUGAACCACCGCGUCACCAAGGAGCUCCAGUACCUGACGCAUGACGGCAAAUACACGUGCACGGCUGUCAACAGCCACGGGAGAGCGGAGGGGACGGUCUACUUCUAUAAAUUCAAGGCGUCCAACAGCUCCUUUUUCCUGAUCCUAAUUUUUGUGCCGCUGGGAAUUAAAGUCCUUGUUUUGCUGGUGAUACUGGGCUUGACCGUGUUCCCCAGGGGUCCCUCCUCCACUCCAUCCAGCAUGGCCCGGCCACAGCCACAAGACUCCACCUACGAGAACUUUGACCGCAGAUGUGGUGGCAGCCACAGCCUGCCAACAGAACAACCUGCAGCAAGAUGCAGCUGAGGACCUGGGCUGUCCCACCCGCACCCGCUUGCAUGGUCUGAACCCCUGUCCACUCUGUAUAAAGCUGGAUCGUCUUAGGGUGCCUCUUCCCACUGAAUGUAAGACUGUUGUUGACCGAUGCACAGGUCAAGCAAGACUUGUAGGUGCAUGUUUUCCAUCUCUGUUGAGACUUAAUAUUAAAAGAAGGCUUUAAAGGAAAAACGGAUAGAAGAAAGAACAGAGAAAAUGAAGAGCGGUGGAGCUGGAAGAGCAGAAGAAAAUCUAUGUGAGAUGCCAGUUCUGAUCAGCCUGUAUGUUUCUAACCUGUGUCAGAUAGUGUUUGGCAAACAGAUAACAGUCUACUAUUUAUUUUCUUGCUUUAUUUUUCUUUUUUUGCUUCGGCAUGUUUCAAAUGUUCCUUCAAAAAUCAGUUUUCAUCACACGGCAGCUCCCCAGAGCCAGCAAGGGAACAGUUCUAAUGUUUCAAAUCCCAGAUGCAAAGGAAAACACUACUGGAACUUCUGCAGGUUUUUAUUAUUGUUGUUAUUAAACUCUGGAAAUUAGGGAAUGAGCUAAAACCUAACUUUCAAAAGAGGAGUCCAAGCAAGAAGGAAAAGAGGUUUUCAGUAAGUUGGUAGAGCUGAAAGCAUGACAUUCAAUGGGAGCUUUGUGCUGUCACUCUGCUGCAGCUCCUGCUCAUGCUACCUGGUACACAAGCCCACCUGCACACACAGAGCUCUGAUGCUCUGCAUCAAACAUGCAGUGAAAAUGUUCCAAUAAACCAAACUCCAUCAGCUCCGUUUGUGUUUGUACAUAAGCACACAAGCACACAGUUCUGUAACACAUUUGCAGGCUGUAGUUGGUCCAUCUUGUGUUGCAGUUUGUCCUGGUGAAAAAUGGCUUCUCGAUACAGGUGUUUUUGGAAAAGACAUCCCAUGAAAGAAAUUGCAGAAAGUGAGAUUAUGAUGGGAACUGGAAAUCAAGACACCCAUGCUGUCCAUCCACCUCUUCCCCCCAGGCAGGGAAGACAAACAAACAAAAAAAAACUUUCUUGCCCUUAAAAAAGAAAAAAAUUACUUCUGAACAGUUUCUAUCUCCAUGCUACAUGAAAAAGUUCCUUGGAGGCCUGGCCACCUUUUAGUGACUUCACCUCACACUAUUUCAAAGUAACUGACCAUUCCCAGACAUGUCUCAAGCCCAGUGUGAAUGCCCUCCAAGAAGAAAACAGAGUGCACUUAUGGAACAAGAUGGCACAAGUCAGCCUGGUGCCUUGGUUGGGUAGACAAAGGUCCAGGAGAGGGCUGCAAGGAGCAGUGGACUGGAAUAGAGGAGGAAAAAGAGCCCCCAAAAAAAGAAAAAGGAGUGACAUGAGCUUACUCUCAGGUUUUUACCAUUGGAUUCAAUGCUUCCUGUGACCAUCCCAGUGCAGCUGCUCCAAAGCUCUUCUAAUGAUCCCACUUCUGGUAAGGAGCAUCCCUGGGCAGGAGCACAAGCCUUCUGCUUCAACUGCCAUUGAGCCUGUGGUCCUGCUUGCUAACAGGAGCAUCAAAUGUCACGCUCCAUAACAACCUGCUAUGCAGAAAGCGUGCCCUGUUGUAUGUUACCUGCAUCUCACACACUGAUCACUGCCAGCAAAUGCAUAUCACAAGAGCUGCAAUCAUUUAGAUGUGAGGAAACUCAUGGACAGGCACUGAAGGUAUGGCUUUUAUCUAUUUUCCUCCACACUACCUGCUUCCUCCUCACUUGGAAUAAAUGCAGUACCAGAUACUGUCUCUUCCAGCAAUUUGAAAAUACCCCAGCACUUCUCACAAACUACCGAUUUUUUUCUUUUUUAUUUUGCAUGGUUUUUUUUUUUUUUUUCCAGACAUAGCAUGUUAUAAACACAUUUGUAAAAACUCAACAGCUGAAACAAUACCUUCUUUCAAAAGUGCAUGUCAAAUACAUAUAUCUCUCAAUUCUUCACAUUUUUAUGCAACUGAUCAAUAACAUUGACUCUAAUAAACCAGUGCUUUUAA